AUUUUACUACACAAGUUAAUCUGGACAGGCAAACGAGGCAUCGUUUUCAACCUAUAACAGGUCAAAAAACUUUUAAGUUUUUUUUAUGUACAACAUCUAACAAAGCAGCAGUGAUAAAAGGCAAAGUAGUUUGGGAUUAUUUCCAUUUAGUUCUUAACGCGGAACUUUCUGCUGUGACAAUGUUUAGCUUCGGACUCUUAAACCCAACGGACUCGUGUAUGUUUACACGUGAGGUUACUGGCCGCAGAAGUCUCAGACGUCUACUGUUAAACUUUCAUGCAUUUCUUUGGUCUGUUUGAAUUCUAAGACCUCAGUUAAAAUGGGCAAACUACGGAAGAAACACAACUGGAAGGGAAGACAACAAAGUGAGGCUAAACAGCCCGCAGAUGAAGAUAAAUCAGAGAUUGUUUUGGAGCUAGAAGAUGGAGGCAGACUGAAAGGUGUAGAUGAGAGCAACGCUCUGGUCCUCCCAGCCAACAAAGCCAAGAAGAAGAAAUCCUCAGUGACACCUGUGACCACCAAGAAGCCCCUCACCAAGAAACAGAGGAAAGAGCUGCAGAAAGUGCUGGAGAGAAAGGAGAAGAAAGCCCAGAGAGCAGACAUCCUGACCAAACUGGCCGAGGUUCAGCUUCCAGAGUCUGAACUGAAGCUUCUGUACACCACAUCCAAACUAGGAACAGGAGACAAACUCUACCAGACCAAACAGUCAUUGGAGGAAGUAAAAGAUGGAGACUCGGAGCUGAAGAUCAGCAGCCUUAGUGGAGCGAACAGAAAAAGAAAGUGGAAAGAGGAGGAAGAAGAGCAAAAGGCAGAAGAAAGUAGUGAGCUUGACACCUCCUCCUCUGAUGAAGACAACGCUGAUGAGACACUGAAAGAGACCACAGCGAGUGAAUCCAAAGAAACCCCAGACCCCCCUCAGGAGACAGACGACAAACAAGAAGUGGAGGAAGAAAAACUUAAAGUAGAACAAGACGGACAGAAUGAGAAAAAGAUUUCAGCUCAGGAGAAAGUCCAAAACAAGACACCAUCACAGCCGGCCAUCUUUGUUCCUGUUGAUAGAACACCGGAAAUACAGGAAGCUCGACUGAAGCUCCCAGUGCUGGCAGAGGAGCAGGUCAUCAUGGAGGCAGUGAGAGAAAACCCCAGUGUCGUCAUCUGUGGUGAGACAGGAAGUGGAAAGACCACACAAGUGCCUCAGUUUCUCUAUGAAGCCGGCUACGCCAAUGGCACUGGGAUAAUCGGAAUCACAGAGCCGAGAAGAGUGGCAGCUGUCAGUAUGUCACACAGAGUCGCCAAAGAGAUGAACCUGUCCACGAGGGUGGUGUCGUACCAGAUUCGAUAUGAAGGAAACGUCACCAGCGACACCAAGAUCAAGUUCAUGACAGAUGGUGUUCUUCUGAAGGAGAUUCAGAAGGAUUUCCUGCUGCAGAGGUAUAGUGUGAUCAUCAUCGACGAGGCCCACGAAAGGAGUGUGUACACAGACAUCCUCAUUGGACUUUUAUCUCGUAUUGUCCCUCUGAGAAACAAGAAAGGUUUACCCAUGAAGCUGCUGGUCAUGUCGGCUACUCUGCGAGUGGAGGACUUCACAGAAAACACUAAACUUUUUCGGACGCCUCCCCCCGUUAUCAAGGUGGAUGCUCGCCAGUUUCCAGUCACAAUACAUUUUAAUAAACGCACCCCGAUGGAGGAUUACACUGGAGAAGUUUUCCACAAAACCUGCAAGAUCCACCGGAUGCUACCUCCAGGAGGUAUCCUGGUGUUUCUGACUGGUCAGGCCGAGGUCCACAGUCUGUGCAGAAGACUGAGAAAAGCUUUCCCCUUCAGGAAAGGAAACACAACCACAGAUGAAGACGAAGAAGCAGACACAUCAGAGGCAAUGAGGAAAUUUAAGAAAUCCAAACAGAAGAAGCCUGUUGCUCUGCCUCGAAUUGACCUGGAUAACUACUCUGCCCUCCCUGUUGAUGAAGGAGACGAGGACAGAGAGGCAGGGAUCUGUGAUGAGGAGGACGAAGGCUCGGAUGUCGACAUUGGAGAUGAUCCAGAGGACACAGAGGAGAAGGCCGACCCCUCUAUUCCUCUCUAUGUGCUUCCUCUGUACUCUCUGUUAGCUCCAGAGCAGCAGGCUAAGGUGUUCAGGUCUCCUCCACCCGGGACUCGUCUGUGUGUGGUGGCAACUAAUGUAGCCGAGACGUCCCUCACCAUCCCUGGUAUAAAGUAUGUGGUAGACUGUGGUCGAGUCAAAAAACGUUUCUAUGACAGAGUCACUGGCGUGUCAUCCUUCAAGGUCACAUGGACCUCACAGGCCUCAGCCAAUCAGAGAGCAGGAAGGGCGGGAAGAACAGAGCCUGGGCACUGCUACAGAUUGUACUCAUCUGCAGUUUUUGGAGACUUCAGUUUGUUUUCAGAGGCAGAGAUCACCCGCAGACCUGUGGAGGACCUGGUUUUACAGAUGAAGGACCUUAACAUCGACAAGGUGGUGAAUUUCCCGUUCCCUACGCCCCCCUCUGCAGAGGCUCUGGUUGCAGCUGAGCAAUUAUUAGUCUCACUGGGAGCACUAAAAGAGCCGCCUCGCACAGGAAGGGUAAAAGAGAUGGAGCAAGCGAGGCUGAGCUGUCCCAUCACCCCUCUGGGCAGAGCCAUGGCUUCCUUCCCUGUGGCUCCUCGUUAUGCUAAAAUGUUAGCUCUGGGUAAACAGCAGGAUUGUCUGCCGUAUGUCAUCGCUGUGGUAGCCGCCAUGACGGUCAGAGAGCUCUUUGAAGACCUUGACAGACCUGCAGGCAGUGAAGAUGAGAGCACAAAGCUUACCCAGCGCCGAGCUCGGCUCACCCAGAUGAGGAGGCUGUGGGCCGGACAAGGAGCAUCUCUUCUGCUGGGUGACCUCAUGGUCAUGCUGGGUGCCGUUGGUGCUUGUGAGUUUGCUGGCUGUACCCCGAAGUUUUGUGAGGAGAAUGGACUGAGGUAUAAAGCAAUGGUGGAGAUCAGGAGGCUGAGAGGACAGCUUACUAAUGCAGUGAACGUUGUGUGUCCAGAGGUGGGAGUUUUUGUGGAUCCAAAGAUGGCUCCUCCCACAGAGCAUCAGGUGGUCUGCUUGCGGCAGAUAGUUUUGGCUGGACUGGGAGAUCACCUGGCAAGGCGUGUACAGGCUGAAGAUAUACUAGACCCUAAAUGGAAAAACGGAUACAAGACGCCCCUUAUGGAUGAUCCGGUGUUCAUUCAUCCGUCCUCUGCACUGUUUAAAACUCUGCCUGAGUUUGUCGUCUACCAGGAGAUCAUGGAGACAACCAAGAUGUACAUGAAAGGUGUGUCAGCAGUAGAAGCAGAGUGGGUCCCUCAGCUUCUGCCUCAGUAUUGUCAUUUUGGCCCUCCUCUAGAGACACCAUCACCGUGGUUCUGUUCAUCUUCCGGCACUAUCAGGUGUCACCGUUCAAGCACCUUCUUCCGUGUUGGAUGGCAGCUUCCAGCAGUGGAGAAGGAAUAUCCAGACAGCCUGGAGCACUACAAACUGUUCUCAAGGUUUCUUCUUGAGGGACAGGUUUGUCCUAAACUAAAGAAAUACAGCACCCACCUACUCUCAAACCCCUCCAUCAUGCUGAAAACAUGGGCAAAGCUGCAGCCAAGGACUGAGGCUGUACUGGGGGCGCUGGUCCCAAAGAGAAUUGACUGCAGAGACGCCCUUCUCACUGUCUGGAAAACUGAAGAGAAAUUUCUUUUGUCUGCAUACUGCCAGUGGUUACCCGAGUCUUUGCAUCAAGAAGUAGCCAAAAGUUGGCCACCAAUAUGAACGCUGACAUUUCCCACACUUGACCACAGUUCUCCAUUAAACUGCAGAUUUGUAGAAAACCCUUUUUAAAAAUAAGUUGGCUCCUUGCAGCACCCACAAAGAGCCUUUUUCUUCUAUUUGUAUUUUAUAAACUGUGUCUUUGACUUGUACAGCUUUUGUUUCAGGAACAAAAAUCCAACUAGUGGUAUAUAAUAACUUUUAACUUGUUGUCAAUGUGCUGUUGGCAGUUAUGUUUGUCUUACUUGGUCUUCAUAAGACUCAUUAAAACAGUGUGGCUCUGAAUAAACUGUUGUGAUUUAU